AACGCUUUCACCAGUCACCACAAACAAAGUUUCCAUUUCCAUAACCUUUAAAGUCAUAGAUUUCAGAUAAAGAUUGAGUUUAAGCAGAAAGAUGACUACUAAGAUUUGGAUCAAUCUCAUCAUCUUAUGUUUACUAACAGCAGCCUCAUCCCUCUCCGGACCCUCAGAGGUGAAGAGUGCAGUUGGUGAAACGGUCCACAUCUCCUGCCAGUAUCACCAGUUCAACAGGGACAAGGUCAAAUUCUGGUGCAGGGGUUAUCACUGGUACUUCUGCACAGUUAUCAUUCGAUCUGAUCAUCCUAAAUAUCUGACCAGUGAUGUUCAGAUAUUGGAUGAUAAAAACCUUGGGUUAUUCACAGUCAGUAUGAAAGGAGCAACAGCCGAGGACAGUGGCUGGUACUGGUGUGCAAUUGAAAGAGCCAGCAGAACUUUGGCAUUUCGUCUUCAGCUGACUGUCUCUGAGUGGCUUGUACCUCGGCUCAAACCAGAAACCACUGAACAGUACAACGAGACCUCAACUUCCCCAACAACGUUACCUCAUCUUGAGACAACAACACGGUCCACACCUUGUAUGACUCAAACAACAAGUCUCAUAUCUGCUACAAGCAAUUCAACAAGUGUGACAGUGUCCUUGGAUCAAGAUGAUCUGGUGUGGAAAGUAUGGAGAGUACUGCGCUGGAUGCUCUUCCUCUUCCUGUGUCUGUUCCUUGUUCUCUUCAGUAUACAAUGCCAUCGCUGAUAUUUGUACCAUUCCUGCCAGUGUAUCGCUUACCUCAAUGUGUGCUACAUUUUCCCCAAAUCAAAAUCGUUGAGAAUAUUGUUUGUAUUAAUUAAUAAAAGUAAAACAUUCUAACAUGCACAUAUAUUAAUAAUAAGCAAAUAAAUUGAGGUCACAACAUGUUCUGAGAGAUAUUAAUGUAAAGAGAAACAAUACUAAAGAUGUAGGAUCUUUAUUUGAACCGGUUUGCUACAGCAGGAAAAUAAUCCUGCAGCAACAGAAAAUGUGAAUUAUUAUGUGGAUUUUAAUGAAUGAACAUUUUUGUAGGGGUUGAUUCAUUUGUCGUUAGGGCAAAUCAAGUCUGACAUUUCAAAGUGGAAAUUACACACUUUAGAAGCCUUUUUAAAAGUCAAAUACAUUACAAAUGUGCAUUUCCUGCUUUGCAGAAAAAAUUAUGAAUAACAAAAGAGCGAUCAAGAUCCUACAUCUGCAAGGAACAACACUAUAUAAACGCAACACGUAAAGUGUUGGUCCCAUGUUUCAUGAGCUGGAAUAAAAGAUCCCAGAAAUGUUCAAUGCCACAAAAAACAUACAUC